CGCUCCUCCCGGGGAGGCUUCACACCGGGCCUCUCUCACAGAAGCCCCUCUGCAACUCUCACCUCUUUGCCAUGCCAUUGGUAGCCACCUCCAGCAUGGACGGAGCCUGGGUGGGCACCUGGAGACCUCACCGCCCACGCGGGUCCAUCAUGGCCCAGUUCACCAGCGCGGGACCCAAGUACUCCAUUCCCAGCACAACGGGUAAAGCCACUGGCGCCAGGCGGGGCGGCACACCCGCUGCCUCCGUGGCACCAGCAGCGCAAGCGGGGCAGCCUGCUCCCCCCCCAGCCAGGCGCCGCUCCUCUCCUCGCAGGCCUCUCACACGCUCUCUGCCCCUUCCCCUUCCAGGCCCUGGCACCUACACCCUGCCCAGGCUGGUGGGACCCAACACAGCCUACACCCGCGCCAGCCCCUGCUACUCCCUCCGAGGGAAGAGCAAGCACAACGGCUUUGCCCAAGACCUGGCCAAGGUGAGCUACACUUCCCCGCUCUCUGCUGGCAGCAGCUGCAGCUCGGCUGCUCUCCUCAGGGCACAAGGGCUCCGGCGCCUGCCGCAGCCUCUCCACAUGCAGCCUCCCCUGCCCCAGCAGCAAAAGCCCUGGCACCACGGCUGCCCGGGCUCUCCGCUCUUCACAGCGCGAGAGGGGAGGCUCCACUGACACUGAAACUCCCUCCCGCGCUUCCCAACGCCAACGGCUUUGCUGGGCCAGAGCUCCUGGGCACUCAAGCCCAUCUCCCUGCUCCACUGGGAAAGCUGCCUCUCCGGUGGGGAAGAGGAGGGGCCCUCGUGCCCAUCGCUCCCUGCCUCUCGCACCGCUUCUCUGCCCAGCCGGCCCCACCACCGCAGCCUGCCUGGGCAGACGGCAAGAAUCAGCCCCCGCCUGGGGCACCCGCCAACCUCCCUG